CACUUGCUGAUCCAAAUAAAGGCACGUGUGAGCUCCCUCCAUGUUGUCUAUCCUCGGUAGACCCCUGAUCGGUUUGAGAGGGUCUGCAGGCCCCUUCGGUAAAGCUUUAGUCGCAAUGGCAGACGCCCUGGCUAAAAUCCCCGAUGUGGAGAUCGAUCCAGAAGGAACCUUUAAGUACAUUCUGGUCAGAGUGAAAGUAAAAGAUGGCGAUGUGCAUAAAGACAUAGUCCGAGGCACAAAAAGUGCAGAGUAUCACAAUCACAUAUUUGAGAAGGUCAACCCAGCUAUGGAGGCCUUGGGGAUGGAGUGUAAAUGUCUUGGAGGAGGGAAGAUCGAGCACAACAACCAAGAUAAAAAACUAAGGGUGUUUGGGGAAUCCACUGCGUUUGGUAAAGCAGACCACUCUGUGUCCGUGGAGAAGUUGAAGAGCGCCUUCAGCGACUAUGAGAUCACCUGGUCUGAUGACAAAAAAUAGAGUUUAAAUCAGCAUCUGGUUUCAUAUGUCUGCUUUUAUUCAUGAGUUCUGUUUUUAGAAAACCACAUGUUAAUGCUUCCAUCCUCCUGUAGCCUACAACCAUUAUUUGAUUCAAAUACACCAUCCUGCAUUUCA